AUGAGUCCCUUGUCCUCAGAGCCGCCCUCCAAAUCUGCAACCCAUACAGAUCUCCAGGCUAACAAGUACAUUCCUCCAUGGACGUCGCCAUACAUCAUUGGAGUGGCAGGGUUCUCGGGAUCGGGCAAAACGACUGUGGCCCAGAAGAUCAUCGAGCAGAUCAACGAGCCUUGGACGGUCCUUCUUUCAAUGGAUAACUUUUACAAGCCGCUCACACCAGAGCAGCGUGAACUCGCUUAUCGAAAUGAGUAUGAUUUCGACACUCCUGAAGCCUACGACCUGGAAGCCUUCUACAACUGCAUCAUUUCUCUCAAAGAAGGAAAAAAAACACAGGUGCCGGUGUACUCGUUCGCCCUACACAACAGAACAGACGAAAGCAUAUCCAUUUACGGAGCUAAUGUCAUUAUAGUGGAAGGGAUCUACUCGCUGUACGACCCAAAGGUGCUUGCCCUCAUGGAUACUAAAAUUUACGUGGAUACAGAUUUGGACAUCUGCUACAGCCGCAGACUUCUCAGGGACAUCGUGGAGAGGAAAAGAGACAUCGAGGGCAUCAUCGAGCAGUGGGAAAAAUUCGUCAAGCCCAGUUCUGUUGUAUCUGUCAAGCCGACAAUGUACAACGCCGACAUUGUCAUUCCACAUGGCUCGGACAACACCAAAGCUAUCGAUAUGAUUAUCAAACAUAUCCGGAAACAGCUGCAAAAAAAAUCAGCAGAGCAUCUUGCGCACCUCGCGCGACUCGGGAGAAUGGUUGCUCCCAUCAACUUCAAUAAUAUCAAGGCUCUGCCCAAAACCAACCAGCUGCUAGGAAUGAAAAGUAUCAUUCUCAACAGAGAAACGUCGAACGACGACUUCAUCUUCUAUUUUGACAGGAUUGCCAGCACGCUAAUUAGCGAGGCGUUGGAACUCGUCCACUAUUCGCCAGCGCCAAACGACAUAAUCACGCCCAACGGCUACAGAAUCACAGACGGCGUUGUGCAGGCCCAGGAGGUGGUGGCAGUUAAUAUCAUCAAGUCUGGCGACUGUUUCAUGAGAUCGCUCAGGAAGAUCAUUCCUGAGGCGAUUGUUGGCAAGGUUCUGAUCCAGUCGGACUCCCAGACGGGCGAGCCGCAGCUGCACACGGAACGACUGCCCAAAUUUUCUUCAGGUUGCAAAGUUCUCCUAUUUGACGCCCAGGUGAUAUCUGGGGCCGCUGCCACGAUGGCUAUCAAAGUGAUACUGGAUCACGACGUGGAGGAGUCAGAGAUCGUGCUAGUGGUGUAUCUUGCGUCGGAAACAGGGCUCCGUCGUAUACUGAAUGCCUUCCCCAACGUGAAAAUUGUGGUUGGAAACCUGUCUGCCGUCGAGCCCAAGGAAGGACAGGACAACGACACGGACUGGUGGAUGAGCAUGAGAUUUAUUGAUGCCAGGUAUUUUGGUACAGAUUAA